CACCGUACCUUCGAACUCUUUUAGUGCACGGUUCUUUUCAGUCCAUCCUCCUUGCUUACCCCGUGCGUUUAUCGUCGUGUGGCCUGUCCCAGGCUCGUUUUGCAAAUAAUAUUAAGGUGCUGAUGCAAUAAUUAUCUUCACAAAAUGAAGCCGAUAAUGUUGCAUGGGCACGAGCGUGCUAUAACAAAAAUCAAGUACAACAGGGAAGGCGAUCUUUUAUUCUCUGCUAGUAAAGACAAGCAACCUAAUGUCUGGUACUCUCUCAACGGAGAACGUCUUGGGACUUUCGAUGGCCACAAUGGUUCAGUGUGGUGCAUUGAUGUAAACUGGGACACUACCAGAUUCAUGUCUGGCAGUGGUGACAACUCACUUCGUAUAUGGGAUUGUCAGACAGGAAAGGAAGUUGGCAAUUUGGAGACCAAGAGCUCUGUAAGAACUUGCAACUUCAGUUAUUCCUCCAAUCUGGCAGUCUAUUCCACAGACAAGACCUUGGGAUACCAGUGCGAGAUGUUCAUCAUUGAUACACGAAUAACUGAUACUACCACUUUGUCCCAGAAUGAUGCAAUUCGCAAAAUGUCCAUCAAUGGUCCACGUAUUUCAGCUAUAUUGUGGGGUGCUUUAGAUGAAUCUAUCAUCACUGGUCAUGAAGAUGGUGAAAUUAAUUUGUGGGACAUGAGAACCGGUAAGAUGGAAACUACAACAAAAGGCCAUAAGAGUCAGAUCAAUGAUAUGCAGACAAACAAGGAUGGGACAAUGUUCGUGACUGCGUCAAGAGAUCACACGGCCAAACUUUUUGACAGUGAGUCACUCGUUUGUCUCAAGACUUACAAAACUGAGAGGCCCGUCAACUCUGCAACUAUAUCUCCGAUCCUUGAUCACGUCGUCCUUGGUGGAGGUCAGGAUGCUAUGGACGUAACGACUACCUCUGCCCGCCACGGAAAGUUUGAUUCUCGAUUUUUCCACCUUGUAUUUGAAGAGGAGUUUGCUCGGCUAAAAGGUCAUUUUGGACCCAUUAAUUCUCUGGCGUUCCAUCCUAAUGGACGCAGCUUUUCCACAGGAGGAGAGGAUGGAUAUAUUCGUAUUAAUACAUUUGACCAGUCGUACUUUGAUUUCCAUUUUGAAUACUAAAUAAUUUUUAUGUGUAUUGUACCGAAUAUAUCAAAUAAAAAGAUGUCACACCAUAAA